ACAUAGAAACAUAUUAAAAAAACUCAGUAUACCAUAUAUACAUAACUCAAUAUACCAUAUAUACAAUUACACAAACUCAGUAUACCAUAUAUACAAUUAAGUACUUUAGAAUUCAAAAACAUUCCUGAUCAAAUCCAAUCACACCAUUGUUCAUGUUCCCACCAUUGUUCAUGUAAUCAAACUCAUUGUCUAUAUCAUCAAUGUCAUCUUCCUCUUCAUCAUUCUCAACCCUUGCACUAAGGACAAGCUUGAUUGCCUUCUCUUCUUUCGUACUCAUAGCAAGGUCUACAAACAGGGAAAGCACAUUCGUUACACACCAUGAAUGUGUAAUGACCCCAACCCCAAACUAUCCCCAAAGGCCACAUUUGGUUUCUUUAAAAAGAGAGAGAGAGAGAAAGAGAGAGAGAGCUCACCAGGAGUCCUCGCCGGAGCCACCGCACGCCAGGACGUCGUCAAGCUCGUCAUCACCAUCAACCGCAGCUCGAGUGAAUCUCGUGCAUCCAAGGCCAUCAUCGUGUUCCUCUCGUCAAGACGAAGCCGUAGACACCAACCGCGUCACGAUCGGAGCCCGGACGAAGCCGUACGCGCCUCCGGAAGUUUCACCUCCGCGCGCGCGUGAGUUCCACGCGCCGCCGCCGGACCACCGUCCUCCGCCGCAUCGCCGCCGCCGGACCACCGUUCUCCGCCGCAGCUCCGUCGUCGCCGCCGGCCAACUUACCGAUUUGGAGUCCAUUUGAGCAGCUGGAGUUCAUAUAUACCACUUCUCUUCAUUGCUAAGAUGGCGCCCAGGAAGAGAGUUGUUCGUACUCAGACUCCCAGAGUUGCUAGAGAGGUUGAAGAUGAGCAUGUCCAGCCCGCAGUUCAGCAGCAGGCGGCUCCGCCUAUUGAUCAGGAUGCUUUGAGACAGAUGGUUCAGGAUGCCGCUAGGCAGGCUGCACAGGAGGCAGUCCAGCAAGCUGCCCAGGAGGCUGCCCGAGUAGCUGCUCAGGAGAUUGCCAGACAGAUGGCUGCAGUGCAGCAGGGUCCGCAGAUUCGCAUGCAGCAGGCUCCACCAGUUCAGGUUCAGCAUUAUCAUCAGGUUCCACAUCAGCCGGCUCCAGUCCAACAGUACCCUCAGGUUCCUGUUCAGCCGGUUCCAGGAGUUUUUCAGGUUCCACCGCCGCCACCUGCUUUCCCAGUUCAGGUGCCCGAGGUUGAUGAGACAUUUAUCAGGGUGUUGGGACAGAUGAAGUAUGUGAGUUUGGAGCAUUUCACUGGAACGACGGAACCUACAGUUGCUCACGAUUGGAAGCACAGUUUGGAUAAGUGUUUGAAGACCAUCUCGUGCCCACCAAGGCUCAAGCUAAACAUCGCUGAGUUGUAUUUGCGCGGAGAUGCAUCAAUCUGGUGGGAUGGAGUGAGAUUGAUGCACCGUGGUGAGCUGACAUAUGAUGAUUUUCUUUAUGCGUUCAACAAGAAGUAUUUUCCGAGGGAAGCUUUGCAUGAGAAGAAGAAUGAUUUCGAGCAUUUGAGGCAGGGUGCAAAGUCUGUCAGGGAGUAUGAGCGGGAGUUUAACCAACUCCGCAGAUUUGUGGGUAACAACAUAGAUGAGGAGGAUCUGAUCAGGAGGUUCUUAGAUGGGAUGCGAGUAGAGCUUCGUGGUAGGUGCAGUGUGGUUACCUACACCAGUUUGGAGGAUCUGGUAGAGAAGGCGGCUGUGCAGGAGAAAUGUAUGGGUGAGGAGCAGAAGUUCUCCAAAGCAGUUCAGCCUAAGGCAGGAGGGGCUUCGGGGUCGCAGAAGAGGCCUUGGGAGCAGACUGGAGCACCCCGUUGUGGGCGUUGUCGUCGCCACCAUUUUGGGGAAUGUUUCCAGUGCUAUAAUUGCGAUCAGUUUGGGCAUCUUGCGAAGAACUGUAGGAAGCCACCACGAACUCAGGUUGCAACACCAGCAGCAGCAGUAGCACCAGCAGUGGCAGCGAGGAGCUGUUACGGCUGCAACCAGCCGGGUCACAUCUACAGAGAUUGUCCGAGGAGAGGCAAUGCAGCGCUUCCACCACCACCGAAGCGUCCAGCCAUCGCUCCACGGGUCUUUGCAAUUGGAGAUCCCCAGGGAGCUGAGCCGAUAGCGGGUGAGACCGACGAGCAGGAGUGAUUAUCGGACUGGUGCUAUUGGGCUUUUGGGCUUCUAUCGUUUUAUCGCUUUUAUCGUUAUCGGGCCUCCAGGCCUUUGGACUUUUAUCGCCUACGUUAUUCCUAUUUCAGACUUUUGGUUUAUAUCGUAUUUUAUAUUUCGGAUGUUAUCGAUGUUGGGCUUUUAGGCCUUUUGUUACCGUAUCGACUAUUAUAUUAUAUGAAGAUUAUUAUUAUU